AUGGAAUUUGGCUUUGAGGCAAAGAAGGUCGGAACUGACCUAACCGACGAAGUAAUAUUCUACUUCGAUGCGUUAAAGGACACAACGGUGGAGGCGAUCGACCUGAAAGUGACCCAUAGCCUCGAGUUCUCUUCUAAACGUAAAAAGUCGUCUGAACCGGAGACUACCAAAAUCCGCCUUGUUGGUCCACCGGUAACCAACGAAGGCGAGACGCCGCCAGCGUUCGACGCAGAAGGCAAAAUGAAUGUACCUUAUAAGCUUCAAAAAGGAGAGAAAUCACUUAUCUUCAAACUGUGA